AUGUCGUCAAACUCAAGCACUUCCAAUACCUCUUCUCAAAGCCAAGUUCCCUCCGUGGCAUGCAGCGUGUGCGAAUACGCCGAGAGGCGUCAGAGGCCGGGGCGGGUUUCCCGGAAGAACAUCGGAGAAAAGCUCUCCCAAAUUGAGGAGACGCUGAGUGAGCUUCUUGGCGCCCUCGAGGAGAAAUUUAGAAAUGAAACAGACAAUCUUAAUCUGCCUGAACGUAAAACAUAUUCGUUGAGAGGUCGUGGCAGAAAAGCAAGAGGAAUUGAGAAGGGAAAGAGGAGUUAA